AUAUUUUUUAGCUUUUCAAAAUGAAUCUUUUAUUAUUGGUUGCCGCUUUAGGAGCUAUUGUAACAGGAGGGGUUUUGGCUGUACCAGAUUGCACUACAGAAGUAACAAAAUGUGCGGAUGCUUAUAAAGCAACUACAUCAACAAUAGACAAAACAAAUCAACAAGCUUUAUGCGAUGCCUUGAUAGUGGAGUAUGACUGUUUAAAAUUAUGUGAUGCCUUUUGCACUGGUUCUGACAGAAGUGCUCUAGAUACGGCUUUAAAUGAUAACGUUUUACCAACGCUUAUUCAGGCUUGCCCAGGUCAGGUUUGUGAAGCAGAUUUGGCAAGUUGUACCAAUAAUUAUACAACAGGUCAACAGUUGCAUCAAAAUGAUCAACAUUUAAUCUGCAGGGACGCCGCUCAAUUUGAAGUAUGUUUAAGUAACAUUCAGUCAACAUGUAAACCAGAACAACAAGCUCAAAUUACAGCCACAUUACAACAAAUUAGACCAAAAGUCUCUCAAGCUUGCAAAGGUGAAGAUUGUCAGGUGCAAGCCACUAACUGUAAUGACCUUUGGAGUCAACUCUUAAAUGGUGCUGUAGGAUCAAACAAUAAACAGCUGACAUGUGUGAGUGACAUGGGUCUCAUUAUAUGUUUACAAGACAUUGAAGCUGAAUGUACACCCCCUCAAAAGGCAGCAAUAGAUGCUAUGGUCACACCAGCUACCAAAAGAUUAACUGACAACUGCAAAGGUCAGGGAUGUUCACCAAAAUUAAUAGAAUGUACGGCCAACUGGAAUACAUCUAUUCAGGCAGCCAAAACUUUAGAUACACAAUGCACAGCUGAUAAAGGUUAUGAAGAUUGUUUACAUGACUCUGAAGUAUUUUGUACAUCUCAAGAAAAGACAAAUGUAGAGACUUUGUUGAAACCAAUUGCACCAAAAAUAACUGAACACUGUGGAGGAGUUGGGGAUGUAAAACCAUGGUCAUUCAUGACUUUACUGUUUGCCGGUUCACUUUUAGUCAAGAGAUUUAUUUAA